AUGCCACAAAGCGCAUACUCCUCCAAGCGGGCCCCCAAGAGCUCUGCCAAAAACGUCCACCCUCGUCCCUCAACCCCCGAGUCCAACAUCAUGCGGACUCUCGACAUGUCACCCAAGGCUAAUCAGUCUCGGAAGGCAUCAAAUACUUCACCUGCCAAUAGAAAACGGAGAGCUUCGUCAUCAUCAGUCUCGAGUGUCUCCUCUGUCUCGUCCCUCGGGGAUUUGAGCGAGGACGCAGAUGACUCAGAAGAAGAUGCAGACGACGAGGAAGAACCGGCAGUCCGAGCCCCGUCUUAUGCUCGUCGUCGGGAUAGUAAGGCGGGGCGGCAACCCGCGAACACUAAGAGAAGACGUGUCUUGACGGAUGAUAGUAGUGAUAGCAGUGACGCUAAUGACUCUGAUGAUAGCUCAGAUGAUGUUUAUGCCGCUGUAGACUAUAUCACGGAUGCUGAAGAUGAAGAAGAAGAGCAAGAGAUGGAGAAGAUGGAGGAAAUGAUGAUUGUGGAGUCUGAGAAGACUCAGCGCCCCCCGUCCAGCACUGGAUUCACUGAUGAUCAAUGGGCUAUCAGCUCAUUUGAUGAUCACAUGUUCCUCCCCGCUGCAUCCUUCUUCGACGAAGAAAAUCUCUACAGUGCUAUGGAUACCUUUGGAGAGCCUGAGGUGACAAGUGAAGCCGUUGAGACUCCAAUGCCUCGGCGAGUUCACUUUGAAGAGCGAUCAGACUCGUCCUCGGAUAGCGAUUCCCACAGUGAUGAUGAGAUCCCUGGUGAUUUCCUGCAACAGGACAGCUUGGACCCCCAGCUGCGUCGUAUGAUCGAAAACGACAACGAAAAUUACCACAGAAGCCACCGCCGCCAAUCGGAAGAGAUGUUUGGUGACGCUGAUUACGGCCACGGAAGCAUUUACCACGUCGAGUCCGAUGGAUCGUCCGAGGGCAGCUUGAGUGGUUACGAGAGCGAUGAUGGUGAUACCACAGACGAGGAUCUCCCCCCACCAGCAACUAUCACCCACCCUCGAUCUCUUCUCCGCCGAGACUCAUCUGACUCUUUGGCCCCCGUGGACGACAAGAAUGACUGCGUGCCCCGCCGUCGCGGACCUAUCAUGGGAACCUUUAUAGCAGACCCCCACAAGCCAGUGGCUUUGGUCGAUUGCACUGGCAAGCAUCUUGUCAUCAUUCCUGCAUAUGCAUCUUCUCGCCAUGACUGGCUGGACUCUGCUGCCAACAGCAUGCCUGGAACUGCCAACACUAGCCCUCGCCAGACUACGCUUCACUUGAUUGAUGAAAGUGACACCGAUGCCCUUGCAUCCCCCAACCAGACUGAAUUCAGUCCUAUGCUGGCUUCGAGCGCUAACCUCAUGAUGACCGCUCUCGGCAACGAUCUCACCCCAGGUGGCCAGGUCAUGGGCCCUCCUGAGGCAUUCUACCCUUCCCAGGACUUCACCAUUGAUAGCUCCUUCGAAGAAGACGAAGAAGACGACCCAGAGGCUUCUCUCAACGUCGAUGAUUUCAUCGAUUUCGGCAAUGGAUCCUCUGAUGAAGACGAGGACAUGGAUAAGCCGUAUGAUGACUCUACCCAAGUGUCCCCGAUGGCUGUUCCCACUGGCAAGUCUAUGGGCACACCUACCCCUAGUCGCAAGUCUGAGUCACAAUCGACCAACAAGGAAGAGCGUUUCCUCAACCACCUUGAUCAGGGUAUUGUCACCGCCUUCCGUCGUAACCACAACCGCUACCAGGCGCUCCUCCGCCUUCCUCAGCACCGCGAGUUCAUGCCCGCGAACUCUCCCGCGCGUCCUGCCAGUGUCUUCCGACACGCUAAAAACAAUGAUCAGCGCACCCCCACCCGCAAGCGUAAAUCAAGCAGCAUUGCUGGUGGUGAGGCUGUGCGACGCAAGCUGAUGGACGCUCAGCAACGUCGCUCUCAGCUCCCUCUCUGA